AUGGACGACUCCAUCAACUACGAAAUGGAGUACGGUGUCGAUCCGUACGCGUAUGAAGAUUCUCAAGAGUCGGAUCAACAGACCCAGUCCACACAACAAGCAUCUCAACCACCAGCUGCCAGUGUCGAUUCUCACCUCUGGGGCUACCUCCAGCCUUGCAGCUCUUCACUCACACGAAUUGACUUCUGGAAGAUACACCCUCGCUACACGCUUGGCCGAAACACCGAGAUAAAUCAGGUUGUUUUGCCUGGGUUCAAAGUUAGUAAUCAACACUGCGUUAUUACCUGGGAUGGCCACGAUACUGUCACUUCAUGCGUUUGGGUUGAGGAUAAGUCGAGCAAUGGAACCUUCAUCAACGGUGAAAAGAUUGGGAGAGGCCAAACACGUCUUUUGAGAGAAGGAAAUGAGAUUGCGUUUGGUACAUGCGUCCCGCAACCCCACAACAACGGGCUGGAGGAUUACAGAUUCGUCUACCGCCACACAGCAGGUGGCUCUGCCAAUGAUGGCUUGUUUGCCAGCUAUGACCUUGGAACCGAACUGGGCAAGGGAUCUUUCGCGACAGUCAGGAAGGCCGUUCAUCGAAGCACUGGACAGUGGUUCGCUGUAAAGAUGAUCAAUGCAAGCAAGACGGUAGGACGUGACCGUGGACAUAGUAAUAGGAACGCUACCUUUGCACGCGAAAUUAGCAUCAUGGAAAAGCUCGACCACCGCAACAUAUGCAAACUUUUCGAGGUGUUCUUCCAAGAUGAUGGUAGUAUAAACCUUGUCCUCGAACUUGUGGAAGGUGGUGAUCUUUUGGAGUAUAUCCUGAGUAACAACGGUCUUUGUGAGGUUGAUAGUCGAGACAUCACCUACCAAAUUUGCGAUGCUUUAUCAUACAUUCAUUCGCGAGGGAUUACGCACCGUGACCUGAAGCCAGAGAAUGUUCUUCUCACCAGCCAUCGUCCACCUCUCAUCAAGGUUGCUGAUUUCGGCCUUGCCAAAGUUGUUGAUAGUCUGACGAUGCUUCGAACUAUGUGCGGCACUCCAAGCUACCUGGCUCCCGAGGUCGUGAAGCAAGAAAAUAACGAAGGGUACGACAACCUCGUCGAUAGUUGGAGCGUUGGUGUUAUUCUGUUUUCCAUGAUGACGAACUCAAGCCCAUUCUUUGAGGAUGAGAAUCAAGACAUUCGAACUCGCAUCAUGACUCGCAAAGUUGACUGGAACACCCUUGCAGCGAAAAACGUUGGUGAGGAUGCCAUGAGUUUCGUCCACCAACUUCUCGAAGAAAACCCCGCCCGUCGUAUGUCCUUGACGAACGCACUUCAGCACCCGUGGCUCAAAGCCCACAUCCCUUUUCAUGAACCUCCACCGGAUGACGACGACGGUGACGCGCCCAUGAGCGCAGAGGGCCCUCCGAGUAGCCAGGAGUCAGACGUGCCUCCUACCGCCGAGACAGACAUGCCCAACGGAUCUCAACGCUCGCUUCAACGACGAAGUGACGUACUCUCUCAAGCCGCCGAAAAUGGUGCGCAUCUCCCCGAACCCUCUUGGGAGAUGAUUGCCCAUGCAACCGAACGGGAGAAGGCCGCCAAUGUCCCCGGGGCAACCAAAGGCCAGAACAAGCGCGUCCAUGCGGAGCUGUCUGUUCUUCCCGAAGAGGUUCUUGAUGACGCCGACAUGAACACUGCUGAAGUUGCUGGCCCUUCGGGUUCUGGCCAAGGAAAAUCCUCCUCGCCUGGGGAAUCUCUUGACGAGAACUCGGACGAACGCCCUCGUCGUUCUACCCGUCGUUCCAAGAUGGCCCGUAGGGCUUGA